UCGUAAUGAUUUACGCCGUCGAUUUUGAUAAACCAUAUUUACGCGUUUGUUUUAAGAUUAAAAAAGAGUUGAGUAAUAUAUUCAUAUCUUUAGAACAAACGUUAGUCAUGGAGGAAUUCAAUUCGAACGGAUCAGUAGUUAACGGUACAGGAUCUAUGGAAGUUCCUCAAUCUAAUGCUGAAGUUAUAAGGGGACAAAUAUUUGAAGUGGGUCCUCGGUAUAUUAAACUCGCCUAUAUAGGUGAAGGAGCUUAUGGAAUGGUUGUGUCUGCAGAUGACACGCUAACAAGCCAAAGAGUUGCAAUAAAAAAAAUUUCGCCCUUUGAACACCAAACUUAUUGUCAAAGGACUCUCAGAGAAAUAACCAUAUUGACCAGAUUUAAACAUGAAAACAUUAUUGAUAUUCGAGAUAUUCUUCGAGUUGAUAGCAUAGACCAAAUGAGAGAUGUUUACAUUGUACAGUGUUUGAUGGAGACUGAUUUGUAUAAACUACUUAAAACACAGAGGCUAAGUAAUGAUCACAUCUGUUACUUCUUAUAUCAGAUAUUGCGUGGACUGAAGUACAUUCAUUCCGCAAACGUCUUGCAUCGGGACCUUAAGCCGAGUAAUUUACUGUUAAACAAGACGUGCGACUUAAAAAUUUGCGACUUUGGAUUGGCUCGUAUUGCAGAUCCCGAGCACGACCAUACUGGCUUUCUCACAGAAUACGUUGCUACCCGGUGGUAUAGAGCACCUGAAAUAAUGCUUAACUCAAAAGGAUACACAAAAUCUAUUGAUAUAUGGUCCGUUGGCUGCAUUUUGGCUGAAAUGUUAAGUAAUCGUCCAAUAUUCCCUGGAAAACAUUAUCUGGAUCAACUUAACCAUAUUCUUGGAGUGUUGGGGUCGCCGUCCCGAGACGAUUUAGAGUGUAUUAUUAAUGAAAAGGCACGGAACUAUUUGGAAUCUUUACCAUUUAAGCCAAAUGUACCCUGGGCAAAACUUUUUCCAAAUGCUGAUGCGUUGGCUUUAGACCUCCUUGGAAAAAUGUUAACUUUUAAUCCGCAUAAACGGAUUCCUGUCGAGGAAGCUCUUGCACAUCCCUAUUUAGAGCAAUAUUAUGAUCCUGGAGAUGAGCCUGUCGCUGAAGUGCCAUUUCGAAUUAAUAUGGAAAAUGAUGACAUUUCUCGAGAUGCCCUGAAGUCGUUGAUUUUCGAAGAAACUUUAAAAUUUAAGGAACGACAACCAGACAAUGCGCUAUAAGCUUUAAGAAUUUGAGUAUAUAGUAAAACAAUUGCUCUUCUUCUCCAUUAGUAUAACUUUUUUUCGUAAUUUCUCUAUGUUUAUUUAGAUUCAGAUUAGGGUUUUAACACAAAAUCAUGCUGAAUUGAGACAAACUCCGAUUCUUACAAAUAUCACAUUACAGUGAAUAUGAAAAAAGCCCCAAUUAUUUUCUAAAGAUAGGAACUAAAACUAUGUGUGAUGUUCGUAAUAUGCAUAACAUUUUUUUAUUUAUUUUAGAAGUACCUAAUAAUUAGGCUACCUGAUGUAAGAAACGUGUAUUAUAUUGAGAUAUUAAUCUCGAAAUAUUAAAGAUCUAUAAAAGAAAGUAAAGAAGUUUACCAAAAUAAAUCAAACUAUGUACAUUUGUUUAUGUUUUAUUUGUUUAAGUUGCAAAACUUUUUUUUUAGAUCUAAAUCCAAAAAAAUCUAUAUCAAACCAAAACACGCAUUUUUUGAUUUGUUUAGUCAUAAUCAAUAUAACAUCUUUAAGAAACAUACAUAAUUAAGAUGUACACAUCGCGUCACUAUUUCCAAAUUCAAUUGAUGAUAACAAAUUGUGAACAGAAUUAUGCAUGACCAACAGGCAUAAUUAUAUAAAAAAAAUACAGUUAUAUCAUAAUUUAAUGUGAUUUAUCAAGACUAGCAGGGUAAACCUUCCUUGGAUGUUUAAUUGAUUAAGCUAAUCAACAUUUACAAAUAUGCCAUAACACGAAAGGUACCCAAUUAAAAAUGUCUUGCUAUUAAAGGUCACUUUACUUACUGCAAGACAUAAAUUUGAGAGCUAACGAAUUUUUUAAAUACGUAUAAUUUUAGUAUUUUGUGUGGGGUGUAUGUGGGACUUUUCUAAAUUUGAAAAAUGUACAUCUCUUUUCUCAAAAAAAAAAAAAAAAA